AUGUCAAAAAGAAAAAGCGUUUAUCGUGAACAGUUUUCAACUGACUUUCCAGGGAUUAAAAACAGUAAAAAAGUUGAAAAUUAUGCCUUUUGCGAAUAUUGUUCAACUGUUGUUAAUAUUGCGAACGCAGGCGUUUCAUCUAUUAAACAACAUUUUGAAAAAGAAGUUCACAAAAACAACGUGAAAAUUAAAAAGUCUACUGUCGGAAUAUCAACAUUUUUUCAUAGUAAUAAUUUGCCCACAUCUAGAAAAACUGCUGUAGCAGAAGGAGCAUUUGCAUAUCAUGUCGCUUUUCACUCGUUAUCGUUUAAAGCUGCAGAUUGUACAAAUCGUUUAAUUUCAACUGUUUUUGCUGAAUCGGAAACUGGUCGGAAAUUUUCAUCUGCUCAAACAAAAACGCAGGCAAUCAUUUCAAGAAUAUUGGCUCCGAAAUCAAUUGAGAAUCUUUUGUCUGAAUUGGGAAGCGAGCCGUUUUCUAUUGCAACCGACUCGUCAAAUUUUAAAGAAAUCAAAACAUUCCCUAUCAUUAUUCGGUAUUUUUCGCAUGAAGUAUUGAAAGUUGAAUUGUUAGAGUUUUCAAAUUUGCCAGGAGAAACGUCAGAAUUGAUUUUCAAAUAUGUAAUGACUGUACUUGACAGAUUCAAAUUGGGCCCUAAUAAUUUGGUAGCGUUCAAGGAUUCCAAUUUGGCUAAUCGCAUAGAAAAGGAGUUUUCAACAUUUUAUUUGACAUCUGUUGAUUACAUUCAGAAGUGGUUCAGAAUUACUGAUUAUCCGUCUUCUUCUAAGUGGUUAAUGCUGAAAUCUGUCGAUACAAUUUCGUAUGAGGAUAUUCGAAAAUCUGCAGAGUUUCUAAUGCCAGAAAUUUCUGUGAAAGAUUCUCUGUUUGAUGAAACUAGUCUUCUAAUUUCACUGUUGAAAGAUUCAAAAGAAAGCCCUAACUUACCUAUAUUCAACUACACUCAAACUCAUGGCGUCGUCAGUCCAGUAGAGAGGAAAAGUUUUAAGAAGGUAAUAUGUACGGAUGAGCUCAAGAGCUUUUUGAAACCACACAUCACGGUCUUUGAUACCGCGCUGCCACUUAAACUCAACGAGAUACGAAGAGACGUGACCAUCGCAGGUACCAUGCAUCCGUUUAAAUUUAUCUUUGGCACACUUCUAAAGAUUCUCAAUGGCAUUAGUACGCACUCCAUUUGGAGCAACAAAGCCAUAUCGAUGAUUGACAGUGUCGUGUGCCAGUCCCGUAACUCUGGGAAUGUUCGCAUAAGCGGCCCACUUACUCUCAUCAAUAUGGACAAUUCGACUAGGUCCACCAAUUAUUUAUGGGUUGUCUCAUACCCAAUCGGUACAGAGUUGGCGAUGGAGGUUGAACCAGCCGUAUGGUUUGUACAACGCCAUAUCUGUUCAUCUGCUGCUUUUUUGGAAUUGUACAAACGCAUAACUUUCCCACAAACGCAUGUCAUUCCAGACGACAGCAAUCCGUGUUGCAUCGCCCAGUCCACUGCUUUUUGUUUCGAAUUUAUGGCGUUUGUCAGUUCCAUUGAUGACAAACUAUUAACGGCCGGAAAGUUCAUGACUACAGAUAAAUUCAAAAUGUCGAAAAAAUGA